AGCUUCAUUCCGCUUCCUUCUCAAAUCAAAUAACGAUAUUUUUGUGACGUCAGGGGGGCGGUAGCAUUUUAAACAAAAGAUUUAAACCGUCGCUGUGAUCACCGUUCACCAUCUCCAUCCUUCCCCCUGGUCGGCAUUGCCGCGACUUCUAAGUGUGCCACAAUUUGGAAGUUUUCUGAAUUUCAAGACAUUAGCAGCAAUCAUGUUUCCAAAAGCAAAGUUGACAAGGUUCAAUGAAGUGGAAGGAUGUGCUCCACCUCCAGGAACAUACGACCCCAAACAAACAAGCAAAUUAGUUGGGGGAGUUUUAAGUAAAACUCUUAGAUUUCCUGAGCUUGCUGCUCUAGAUGGGCUUGCAGGGGCUGCUGCCAUUUCUAACUCCACAGAGCACCUGCCCAAAAAAACGCCUAUUAAAACGCCAAAGUGUGCGAAGCCUCAGCCAAAGUCGACGAUCAAGAAGAACAUCUUGAGUAGCUCGUCCCUUACUGACUUGAGCAAGGCAAUUUCAAGGGACACUGAGAUCAAUAAUCUUAAAGAGGAGAUAAUUGAAUUAAAAGCCAAGCUAGAUAAGUCAACUGCUCUGCAUGUGAUGGUCGAUUCUUGGGUCAGUAAGGUGGAAAAGUCACAUGAUGACUCCUUGAAGUUCAUUUUGAAUGAAUGGAAACAGUUUGCUGAUCUCACUGAUGUCAAAAGCGUCGCCAGCUUGACGCAAGAGUUGGAGAGCUCGCACAAUGAACUCGUUGAGCUAAAAGCUGAGUUAGCUGCCCAGACUGAAGUGAUCAACAAGUUGCAAGUUACAGUCAGGGAAGGAAAUGAAAGGUUCCAAAAGCUUGAGGUCUUUAUGGAAAUUGUGAAUCAGACCAACAACAAUCUGAAUAACGCCAAUGAAGAGUUAGAAAGAACCAAAUCCCAGUUACAGAAGCAGCUCCUUGAAAAAUGCGACUUGAUGGAGGAGCUUGCUACUGCAGAAGAACAGUUACGUCAAGAAAUUUCUCAGGCCAAAAGCUACGGAAAAUCUCUCGAAGAAAAUUACAACACACAAUGCCAGGAGGUGCGAAAUCUGCAGAUGCAAGUUGCUGCAUUGGAAGAGCUGCUGGAAAAAAAGAAAGAUCUCGAGUCGAUCAGUAAAAACCUGGAAGAAGAGCUACAGCAAUCAAAAGAACACAAUUCGCUUCUCCAAUUGAACUUGGCCUCGAUGGAGAGCAGUCUUGAGAUCAUUCGUGCUGAAAAGUCCCAACUUGAGAAGCACUUGCAAGAAGCUGAUCAAGUUAUCGCAGCAACAGGUGAACAACUUCGGCUUAAAAACAAAGAGUUUGAAGCCAAAAUUGACAACGUGUCUGGCAAGGCGCAGUUUCUGGAAUCGCAGAUGUUGGUCUUGCAGGACCAACUUAAAAUGACCAUUGAAGAGAGAGAUAGCCUCAAGAACGGAUUAGUCACUUUGGAGGAGCAACUGCUUAGCCUGCAAGAGAAGCAUGAAGAAACCUUGAUUGCUUUGGCUUCGGAAAUGAAGCUAACUCAGCUUGGGGAAGAGCAGGUUGAGAAAUUAAAGGAACAGCUGAAUGAGGUAUCGUCGCAGUCAGAAACCAAUAAGGAGGAGCUUGCCAGGUGUCUGCAAAGUGAGAAAAUGCUUCAGCAAGACUUGAUUGAGUCAAAUCAAGAAACAAAUAUAGUCAGAGAUAGAAUUAUUGCGCUUGAGAAGCGCUUGGAAAACCUCUACAAAGAAGAAAUUUCUAAGAAGUACGAAAAGUUGUAUGAUGAUCUCAAUUGUACUGUUGAGAAGGCGCAGCAAGAGUGUGAGAUCCAGGCUCAAAAGCUGCAGGUUGAAGUGAAUGCUAAGGAGAAGUUGGCCCGAAAGUUGACCGGAACAAAAGCCUUGCUGAAAAAUACCAAGGAAAAGCUGGAGUAUCUUGAGAGCGACUUGGCUGCCACGCAGCAAAUCCUUAAAAAAAGCUUAGAAAGAGAAAGUAAGCUAAAAAAAGCCAACACAGAACUGAACAACGAGAUCUCCCAGCUUAAGGACGGCAGCCAGGAGAAAAUCAAGCUCAUCUCUGAGCUGAGCAAUGUCAACAAAGGGCUCAAAAAGGAAAUUGAGGAUGUCCGGUCAAACCUGGAAUCUGUUCACUCGUUCCAAGAGGCUAUUAAUGAUGAAAUCCGCUUGUUGGUUGAACAGAAUAAUGAACUGAACGAGGAAAGUAGACUUCUGAAUGCUCAGUUAAAGAAGAAAGACGAAGAUCUGUUGGUUGUCCACGAGGAGCUGCGAGGCGCUAAGGAGCAUUUGCAGCAGCACCGCAGAGAAGCAGAAAAGAAUACCAACGAAGUCAACAACAGCUUCAUUGAGCUCUGCAAUGAUUUGCUCAACACAAAACAGCAGCUAGAAAAAGAGAAGGCUGAUAAAGUGGAGAAUCUGCGGAAGAUAGCAUCAAUACUCAACAUGACAGAGUUCAAAGAAAACAACGCGCUGGAUGCCAUUGAGUCGGACAUCAAGUCGCUGUACAAGUAUUCGGCUGGGAUAGAAGAGGAAUACACAAAGGGAGUGAUAAUGCAGCAAAUCUUAGAAGAGCUGCUAGAAGAGGAGAAAAAGAAAGUAAUUGCUCUUCAAGACCAGGUCUUCGACAGCAAACAAGAAAUCGAGGAUCUGCGAAUGAACUAUGAAUUAGCACUUGGAAAGCUGAAUGCGUUGGAGGAAGAAAAGAAAAUCCUGGAGACUGAAUGUGCGUAUUCCCAAGAUGAGUGGGCUGAUCAAGAACGAAAGCUGACCUCCACAAUCCAGCUGCUAAGUAUGGAAGCCCAAGAGGCCGAGGACAAGCAGGUUCAAUAUGAGGGAGAGAUUAUGAAGCUGAAGGAUGAGAUCACUCUCUUGAAAGACGAGGCAAAGUGGGCUGAAGAGAAUCAACUAAAGUUAGAGGAAGAGAUGACUGAGAUAUUGGAGGAGAAGGAGCGCUGCAUUGCCAAGUGCUCACGCAUGGACGUGGAGAUGGUAGGACUGAGGAAGCAAGAGGAGGAUCUCAAGCACAAGUUGGUGGCAAGCUGGGAGAAAGCAGUGGAGAUGGCAGAGGCGAUUCACGCGCUCAAACUGGAAGUAAACGACUUGAGUGAGCUGCACAACGCGGAUGCCACGGAAAUGGAAUAUCUUGACGAACUGGUCCAAGAAAAGGAUGAAAAGCUUGAGAAGCAGGAGGAACAGCUUAGACUCCUCAGGGGCCAAAUUGAAGACCAGGAGGCUGCAAUGAAGAGGCUCAUGAACGAGGCUAACUCAAGGAUGCAGGCUGCUGAUGAAAUGGAAGAUCUGCUGCAGAGGAAAAUCGCUGAAUUGGGCCAGAGCAAGGAUCAGAUUAGCAAACUGGAGGUGUUCAGCAAGAGCUUGCACGAGAAAACCAUUGUGCUGGAGGAGAAUGAAGCCAAAGCAAAGUCAGAAAUCAAGAAGGUCCGCCAAGAAGCUGAGCAAAAAACCAGGAAUCUUGAGUCGCAGUUGAUGGAAAUGUCCUCAAGGUGGAGCAAUGUGGAAGACAGCAUCCUCAGCGUCGAGAACCUAGAAAGUCUCAACAAGGAAUUAAGCGCCAACGACUCCUGCUUGCGCUCCCAAGUGUCAAUCCUGCAGAGUGAAAGCCAACGGCUCCGUUCGGUGAACAGCGAGCUGCGUGACAAACUCCUUGAACUUGAAAAGCAUGAGGCUAAGUCCAGUGGCCACCAGAAUCACCAGCAGAAGCUCAGCUACUUGGAGAACCUUAAGGAAGUGGCCUACAAGCACGAGAAGAACGAGGAAGAUAUGCGUGCAAUGCUUGUGGCUAGCGAGUGCCGUGUGGCGCAUCUGGAAUCAGAGCUGCAGAAACAUGGCAUCAGUGCCGCGCACAGCAAAUCAAUGAUUGUUGAGGGCAUUGCAUCCACUUCAAAGAAGACAAGACGUGGAAAAGAAAACAGUCUGAUGGCCUCAUUAAGCCGCACUGCUCACUCUUUGCUCUCGUCUUCAACGCCAAUGCACCGCAAAUCACCACUGCAGCCUAAGAACAUCUAACUCUUUGUUAAGCCAUUCUUAUAGGCGUUUUUUGUACUUAAAUGUGAUUUCAUAUCACUCCUUUUACAUCAGUGUGGGGAAUUUA